UGGGGGGCGCGGAAUUUCCCAGCGCGGGGGCUCUGGCUUCCCCUUCAAUCUGGCCUUCUCUUUCUGUUUACGGAGAGAAAGGGGAAAUGGAAAAGUCGGGGAGGCGGUGGCUGGCGUCCGCUGCGCCGCCCCUGGGCCGGCUCAGACGCCAUGAGUCAGGGGCAGAGCAGGGAGGUCCGGGCGCGCUGGCGACGCGGGGCUCACUAGUCCGCGCAGCUCCGGACGGCGCGCCACGCUCUGGGGUCCAGCGCCCUGGCUCCUGCUUCUGCCGCCGCCGCCGCCGGAUCCCGGUGGCCCGGCGUGCCCGGUUCCCACGGGCCUGCAGCCAGCUGCGCACCGAACCGUCGGGGGGCCGCGGCUGGAGCGCUCGGCAGGCGUGGGAGCACCGAGGCCGCAGACUCUCCAGAAAGUGUAACAGUAAUGGAGUACAUGAGCACUGGAAGUGACAAUAAAGAAGAGAUUGAUUUAUUAAUUAAACACUUAAAUGUGUCCGAUGUAAUAGACAUUAUGGAAAACCUUUAUGCAAGUGAAGAGCCAGCAGUUUAUGAACCCAGUCUAAUGACCGUGUGUGAAGACAGCAAUCAAAAUGAUGAGCGUUCUGAGUCUCUGCUGCUUAGUGGCAAAGAGGUACCAUGGUUGUCAUCAGUCAGAUAUGGAACCGUGGAAGAUUUGCUUGCUUUUGCAAACCAUAUAUCCAACACUGCAAAGCGUUUUUAUGGACAGCGACCACAAGAAUCUGGAAUUUUGUUAAACAUGGUCAUCACUCCCCAGAAUGGACGUUACCAAAUAGAUUCUGAUGUUCUCCUGAUCCCUUGGAAACUGACUUACAGGAAUAUUGGUUCUGAUUUUAUUCCUCGGGGAGCCUUUGGAAAGGUGUACUUGGCACAAGAUAUAAAGACAAAGAAAAGAAUGGCGUGUAAACUGAUCCCAGUAGAUCAAUUUAAGCCAUCUGAUGUGGAAAUCCAGGCAUGCUUCCGGCAUGAGAACAUUGCUGAGUUGUACGGCGCGGUCCUGUGGGGUGAAACUGUCCAUCUCUUUAUGGAAGCAGGCGAGGGAGGGUCUGUUCUGGAGAAAUUGGAGAGCUGUGGACCAAUGAGAGAAUUUGAAAUUAUUUGGGUGACAAAGCAUGUUCUCAAGGGACUUGAUUUUCUACACUCAAAGAAAGUGAUCCAUCAUGAUAUUAAACCUAGCAACAUUGUUUUCAUGUCCACAAAGGCUGUUUUGGUGGAUUUUGGCCUAAGUGUUCAAAUGACUGAAGAUGUCUAUUUUCCCAAGGACCUCCGAGGAACAGAGAUUUACAUGAGUCCAGAGGUCAUCCUAUGCAGGGGCCAUUCAACGAAAGCAGACAUCUACAGCCUGGGGGCCACUCUCAUCCACAUGCAGACGGGCACCCCGCCCUGGGUGAAGCGCUACCCUCGCUCAGCCUAUCCCUCCUACCUGUACAUAAUCCACAAGCAAGCACCUCCACUGGAAGACAUCGCAGAUGACUGUAGUCCGGGGAUGAGAGAGCUGAUAGAAGCUGCCCUGGAGAGAAACCCCAAUCACCGCCCAAGAGCCGGAGACCUGCUAAAACACGAGGCCCUGAACCCGCCCAGAGAGGAUCAGCCGCGCUGUCAGAGUCUGGACUCUGCCCUCUUUGAGCGCAAGAGGCUGCUGAGUAGGAAGGAGCUGGAACUUCCUGAGAACAUUGCUGAUUCUUCAUGCACAGGAAGCACCGAGGAGUCUGAGAUGCUCAAGAGACAGCGCUCUCUCUACAUAGACCUCGGCGCUCUGGCCGGCUACUUCAACCUUGUUCGCGGGCCACCAACGCUUGAAUAUGGCUAAAGGACAACGGGUUUCUCUAAAUUAAGACAGCAUUUAUCUCCUGGAGGCUGGUGCUGCCACCUCCACACAGGGACCCUGUAUAGUGAAUUGUACCAUUUUUGAAGGAGCAGUGUGACCUCCCUUGACCCACGAAUGUACCUCCAAGUGGCCCCUGUGCGUUUGACUUGUGAAGCUAUCUGGUGUGCACAAGGCCUUAAGGUUCUCCUUUCUCAGGUGAUGUGAUUCCAAGGACGGAGUUUGAGCGUUCGCAGAAGGAUCGUGUCUGCUGACUGUUUCAUUCACUGUGCACUUUGCUCAAAAUUGUAAAAAUACCAGUCACAAGGAUAAUAGGGUACCUGAAAAUUACUACUCUUGGUUCUUAUUUAAGUAUGGAAUCUUCAUUUUACUCGGAAUAGUUGCGUUGUAUAUAUUGAUGUAUAUAACUCUUUGAGCCUUUAUUGGUAAAUUCUAGUAUACAUUGAAUUUAUUAUAAUUUGGGUGAAUAGAACAACUUGAAUAUUGUAGCAAUAAGCUGAACUAGUGUCUUAAAAGUGGCUAAGUGAUGAAUUAGAAGCCAUAUGAGAGCAGGCCACUAGUGACAGUUUCUUUUUUGUGUUCCUAUGGAAACAUUGUGUACUGUACAUGCUAUGCUUAAGACAUUCAAAACAUGUUGUUCUGAAUGUGGAUAAAACUGUGUAAACCACAUUAUUUUGGUACAUCCCAAAGGAUGAGAAUGUGACCUUUAAGAAAAAUGAAAACUUUUGUAAAUUAUUGAUGAUGCUCCUUUUGUAAUUCUUCUGAUUCAAUUUUCUUUUAAGCAUUUGUACAUUAAAAUAGCAUACUAUGUAUGUUUUAUAUCAAAUGCCUUCAUGAAUCUCUCAUAUAUAUAUUUGUAACAUUGUAAAGUAUGCAAGUAGUUUUACUUAAAGUAUGUUUUUAUAUUAUGCAAAUAAAACCCUUUUGUCCAA